CCGAAGCCAUUCACUUCUCUCGCUCCGCUCCAGCUUUUGAAGAUGUCAGAAAGGUGUUCAAGUCAAGCUUGCACUGGAGAAGGAAAUGACUUGGACUUUUCUGCUGUCAAUUUCAAGUACUCCAGAGAUUUUUGUUCCACAUCUUCAUUUCAAGAGAAUGACUACAGUGAGUUGUUGAAAUCUUACAGUUUUGAUAAUACAAAUACAGAAAUUUUGGGAAAGAAGGAAAGAGACCCAACAUUAAUUUAUGAGCAUUCUGAAACUUCCAGUCUGGACUUAACACAUCCUUUAGAGUCAUCCACUCAAAAACACAGAUUUGUCUUCCUGAGGAAGGAAAGAGGUAAAUCCCCAGAACUUUGUGAAACUCCUAAAGUCAGUAGGAAAAAAUGUUUAUUGCGCAGAAGAUUGGACAUAUCUUUCCCUCUUCUAACUGGGGACUUUGAAUCACGAAAUAGUUCUCCAGCAAGUAGUGUGAGUCAUGUACUCCACUUAGAAAAAAUUACUCCAAGCCAUACUUCAGGUUCUCCAAGGCAAAGUAAUUUUAGUCCUUUAGUUGCUGGCACUUUGAAAACAGAAGCAGCAACUUCCAGCAGUCGAAAAUUGAGACUUAAUUUUUCUCAGCAGAAGACUUCCACAGUUGAUGAUCCCAAAGAUGACUGUAGCCUUUUUGAAGUUGAAUGUAUUUCUCCUAUUCAGGGCAAUAGUUUUAAAGACUCUAUCACACAUGAAUUUAGUGAUAGCAGUCUGUGUGUUAACAAUGAGAAUGCAUAUCCUGAACUCCUGGACUCCUCUGUUAGUGAAACUACUUGUGGAACAGAUGAGGACAUAUUUGUGACUCCAAUAAAUAAUCUUGUAGCAAACAUUAAAUUUAAUGCUAGUGAAGGUUUGUCUUCUUCAAGUGAAGUGAGAACUGGUAUUUCAACACCUGAAGACAGUGGUUUUAACUCACUUUUCUUGGAUAAAUCAGAUUUCCUCUCUGACCAUGAGGGUUCUUUUCAAGAACUAUUUCAGAAACAGAAGGGCACUCUCAAAGUGGGGAACACCAUAAAAAAGUCAAGGCGUCUUAGAAGGUGGAGAAGAUUGUCCACUCUUCGGGAGCAAGGCUCACAAUCCGAGACAGAGGAGGAAAAGCAGGCCAUCCACUCUGACCUUGAAGCAACACCAGCAGCUUCUUCAGACAUCUCAGAGAGUCAACUGAGCAGUGAUAAGAGUGGGGAUUUGAUUUUAAGCUUUAAGAAUUUAUCAAAAACUCCAGCCUUGCAAUUAGUGCAUGAGCUCUUUAUGAAAAGCAAAAGGAAAAGAUUACAGCAAAAUGGUGCACAUGAAUUCCUAGAAGAAAGGGAUGGGGGGGAAAUAGCCAUAUUGCAGUGUGUACUUGCAGGACUGAUUGGCAAGAAAAUGGGUAUAGAAAAAUUGGACAUCUUAACAGAAUUAAAAUAUAGAAACUUAAAGCAUGUUCUUGCUAUGGUUUUAGAUUCCUUGACUGCAGAAAGCUUAUGCAGUGUUUGGAAAGUGAGUAGAAAUUGGCGUGAAAUUAUUGUUCAAGAUAAAAAAGCAAAUAAGAAGAGGAAAUUAUAUAUGACACAGCUGAAAACAGAUUCUGAGGGAACUAUAUUAAAUGUUGCGGAUGCUGCUACUCGGCUCCAUCUUUUAAAUCGAUCAGCUUUAAGAUCUGUGCAAGCUCAGGCUAGGACUCCGGGUUCUCAGAAAGAACAAGUUUCAACAUUUUCUCCUUGGGGGGAAGUCUUGACACCUAUAGCAAGCUCUUCUGUGACCCUCUUAAAUAGUAAACAGGAAGAAUAUGUUAAGAAGCUAGACCAGUCUACACUCCUACCAAUUCUACUAGUAAUUUUUAUCCAGCUUUUGAAGAUGUCAGAAAGGUGUUCAAGUCAAGCUUGCACUGGAGAAGGAAAUGACUUGGACUUUUCUGCUGUCAAUUUCAAGUACUCCAGAGAUUUUUGUUCCACAUCUUCAUUUCAAGAGAAUGACUACAGUGAGUUGUUGAAAUCUUACAGUUUUGAUAAUACAAAUACAGAAAUUUUGGGAAAGAAGGAAAGAGACCCAACAUUAAUUUAUGAGCAUUCUGAAACUUCCAGUCUGGACUUAACACAUCCUUUAGAGUCAUCCACUCAAAAACACAGAUUUGUCUUCCUGAGGAAGGAAAGAGGUAAAUCCCCAGAACUUUGUGAAACUCCUAAAGUCAGUAGGAAAAAAUGUUUAUUGCGCAGAAGAUUGGACAUAUCUUUCCCUCUUCUAACUGGGGACUUUGAAUCACGAAAUAGUUCUCCAGCAAGUAGUGUGAGUCAUGUACUCCACUUAGAAAAAAUUACUCCAAGCCAUACUUCAGGUUCUCCAAGGCAAAGUAAUUUUAGUCCUUUAGUUGCUGGCACUUUGAAAACAGAAGCAGCAACUUCCAGCAGUCGAAAAUUGAGACUUAAUUUUUCUCAGCAGAAGACUUCCACAGUUGAUGAUCCCAAAGAUGACUGUAGCCUUUUUGAAGUUGAAUGUAUUUCUCCUAUUCAGGGCAAUAGUUUUAAAGACUCUAUCACACAUGAAUUUAGUGAUAGCAGUCUGUGUGUUAACAAUGAGAAUGCAUAUCCUGAACUCCUGGACUCCUCUGUUAGUGAAACUACUUGUGGAACAGAUGAGGACAUAUUUGUGACUCCAAUAAAUAAUCUUGUAGCAAACAUUAAAUUUAAUGCUAGUGAAGGUUUGUCUUCUUCAAGUGAAGUGAGAACUGGUAUUUCAACACCUGAAGACAGUGGUUUUAACUCACUUUUCUUGGAUAAAUCAGAUUUCCUCUCUGACCAUGAGGGUUCUUUUCAAGAACUAUUUCAGAAACAGAAGGGCACUCUCAAAGUGGGGAACACCAUAAAAAAGUCAAGGCGUCUUAGAAGGUGGAGAAGAUUGUCCACUCUUCGGGAGCAAGGCUCACAAUCCGAGACAGAGGAGGAAAAGCAGGCCAUCCACUCUGACCUUGAAGCAACACCAGCAGCUUCUUCAGACAUCUCAGAGAGUCAACUGAGCAGUGAUAAGAGUGGGGAUUUGAUUUUAAGCUUUAAGAAUUUAUCAAAAACUCCAGCCUUGCAAUUAGUGCAUGAGCUCUUUAUGAAAAGCAAAAGGAAAAGAUUACAGCAAAAUGGUGCACAUGAAUUCCUAGAAGAAAGGGAUGGGGGGGAAAUAGCCAUAUUGCAGUGUGUACUUGCAGGACUGAUUGGCAAGAAAAUGGGUAUAGAAAAAUUGGACAUCUUAACAGAAUUAAAAUAUAGAAACUUAAAGCAUGUUCUUGCUAUGGUUUUAGAUUCCUUGACUGCAGAAAGCUUAUGCAGUGUUUGGAAAGUGAGUAGAAAUUGGCGUGAAAUUAUUGUUCAAGAUAAAAAAGCAAAUAAGAAGAGGAAAUUAUAUAUGACACAGCUGAAAACAGAUUCUGAGGGAACUAUAUUAAAUGUUGCGGAUGCUGCUACUCGGCUCCAUCUUUUAAAUCGAUCAGCUUUAAGAUCUGUGCAAGCUCAGGCUAGGACUCCGGGUUCUCAGAAAGAACAAGUUUCAACAUUUUCUCCUUGGGGGGAAGUCUUGACACCUAUAGCAAGCUCUUCUGUGACCCUCUUAAAUAGUAAACAGGAAGAAUAUGUUAAGGUUGCCAAAACACUUUUUAUUGAUGAAGCAUUAAAACCUUGCCCACGGUGCCAAUCCCCUGCUAAAUACCAGCCAUAUAAGAAAAGGGGACUGUGUAGCCGGACAGCCUGUGGUUUUGACUUUUGUGUGUUAUGUUUGUGUGCUUACCAUGGGUCUGAAGAAUGUAGUAGAGGAGCAGCAAAGCCAAGAAAUAGAAAAGAUGCUCUUCCAGGAAGUGCCCAGAGUAAGCAGAAUUUAAAACGCCUCUAAAGAGACUUUAAAUAUAAAAGAAGCA